AAUGAACCCUUACGUGAUUGAGAUGAGCGGCCGUGGCACCCACCCCUCAGUUUUGGAUGUGCACGUCAACAUUGGUGAGAAAAGCUCCAUGCAGGGAAAAAUGAAAGGCAGGAAGGCCAGAUGGUGCGUGAAGCCCUCGGACAUGGCCAACAACACUUUCAAUCCCAUCCGGGCCAUUGUGGACAGCAUGAAGGUGAAGCCAAAUCCAAACAAAGCAACAAUUGCUCUGUCAAUUGGGGAUCCCACUGUGUUUGGAAACCUGCCUACAGACCCUGAAGUUACACAAGCAAUGAAAAAUGCCCUGGACUCCGGGAAGUAUAAUGGCUACGCCCCAUCCAUUGGUUACCUAUCCAGUCGAGAGGAGAUUGCUUCUUAUUACCACUGUCCUGAGGCACCCCUGGAAGCGAAGGAUGUCAUUCUGACAAGUGGUUGCAGCCAGGCUAUCGAACUUUGUUUAGCUGUAUUGGCCAAUCCAGGACAAAACAUCCUAGUUCCUAGACCUGGUUUCUCUCUCUACAAGACUUUGGCCGAAGCUAUGGGAAUUGAGGUCAAACUCUACAACCUUCUGCCAGAGAAGUCUUGGGAAAUUGACCUGAAACAACUCGAAUCACUGAUUGAUGAAAAGACAGCAUGUCUCAUUGUUAAUAAUCCAUCAAACCCCUGUGGGUCUGUGUUCAGCAAAAAGCACCUUCAGAAAAUUCUGGCAGUGGCUGCAAGGCAGUGUGUCCCCAUCUUAGCUGACGAGAUCUAUGGAGACAUGGUGUUUGCAGAUUGCAAAUAUGAGCCUCUGGCCACCCUCAGCACCAACGUUCCCAUCCUAUCCUGUGGUGGGUUGGCCAAGCGCUGGCUGGUUCCUGGCUGGAGGUUGGGCUGGAUCCUUAUCCAUGACCGAAGAGACAUUUUUGGCAAUGAGAUCCGAGACGGGCUGGUGAAGCUGAGCCAGAGGAUUCUGGGACCUUGCACCAUUGUCCAGGGAGCUCUGAAAAGCAUCCUGCGUCGCACCCCUCAAGAGUUCUACGACAACACUCUGAGCUUCCUCCAGUCCAACGCUGAUCUCUGUUAUGGGGCAUUAGCUGCCAUCCCUGGACUCCGGCCAGUCCGCCCUUCUGGGGCCAUGUACCUUAUGGUUGGAAUAGAGAUGGAACAUUUCCCAGAAUUUGAGAAUGAUGUGGAAUUCACUGAGCGGCUAGUGGCUGAGCAAUCCGUGCACUGCCUCCCAGCAACGUGCUUUGAGUAUCCGAAUUUCUUCCGAGUAGUAAUCACAGUGCCUGAGGUGAUGAUGCUGGAGGCCUGCAGCCGGAUCCAAGAGUUCUGUGAGCAGCACUACAGUGCUGAAGGGAGCCAGGAAGAAUGCGACAAAUAG